UUCUGUGCGGCUACACAUUUCCUGUUGCAUCACUUCCUUUAGCUGCACAUAAAGACGGCCCUGGCGGAUAAUCCGCGGGUCCAAUUUUUUAAGGUUCUUCUUUGAAUCCGACAGAGAUCGGAGCAAUCAGAAGCGUAACCAUGACGGUGGGAAAGAGCAGUAAGAUGCUGCAGCACAUCGACUACAGGAUGAGGUGCAUCCUGCAGGAUGGGCGAAUCUUUAUAGGAACCUUCAAGGCCUUCGACAAACACAUGAACCUGAUCCUCUGUGACUGUGACGAGUUCAGGAAGAUCAAGCCUAAAAACUCAAAGCAGCCGGAACGUGAGGAGCGCAGGGUUCUGGGUCUGGUUCUGCUGAGGGGAGAAAACCUGGUGUCCAUGACAGUGGAGGGUCCACCUCCUAAAGAUACUGGUAUUGCACGAGUGCCAUUGGCAGGCGUGGCUGGCGGUCCAGGAGUGGGUCGUGCUGCAGGUCGUGGCGUUCCUGCAGGGGCACCAAUGCCUCAGGCUCCAGCUGGUUUGGCUGGGCCUGUCAGAGGAGUGGGUGGGCCUUCACAACAGGUCAUGACUCCACAGGGCAGAGGUACCGUAGCGGCUGCAGCUGCCGGAGCAAGUAUUGCUGGUGCCCCAACACAGUAUCCUCCAGGGCGAGGAGCCCCGCCGCCAAUGGGCCGUGGAGCCCCCCCUCCAGGUAUGAUGGGCCCGCCUCCUGGCAUGCGGCCUCCAAUGGGUCCACCAAUGGGAAUGCCUCCGGGCCGAGGUGCUCCGAUGGGAAUGCCUCCUCCCGGCAUGCGGCCGCCACCCCCUGGUAUGAGAGGACCACCCCCUCCAGGGAUGAGACCACCUCCUCGACCCUGAAAAAGCUCCGCCCCCCUUGUCCAGCAGCUAUACAGAUUUUUGUUUUUUCCACAUGUAUGCUUGUUUUCUGUUUUUAAAUAAAGUUUCUGCAGAAAAUUG